AUGGAAAACGGAGUUUUGCCUGAAUUGACCGGUGUCAACGAGUACAAUGCGGCCGAGAUCUUCGGAUGGCAACCACCAAGGGCAUCAGAAGAGCAUGCCGCCGACGUUGUUGGACACGGCUCCUUCAGCCAGGGCUUCGUCGUCAGUGACGAUCAGGCGGCGGCUGAUUUUGAUAAGAUUGCGGAAGAGCGACGGGCUGCCAGAAAGGAGGCGUUGUUGGCAAAAACUAUGCAACGCCGGGAGCAGAUUCCACAGCAGGUGGAGAAGCUGGAGAACAAGUUUGCUGAGAAGCGAGCGCAAGAGGAAGCAAAACGUGAAAUGGCCGAGCAAAGAAAAAUGGAGAAGGAGCUGCAUCGUCAACGUCUUUUGGACGACUACAAAAGACGAAAAUUGGAAAAAGAGCUCGGCUCUGAUGGAUCACAAUCUGCUCGUCCUGCUUCAGCCCGUGGCCAUUCUCAACCACCUUUCAUCCGGACGAAAAGCCAGAUGUCCGAAUCGAUGGAUGCUGGGCGGGCAAAUCCGAGGAUGGUACGCGGGAAGAGUAAUGUCGAUGGGGAGGGAAGGAUUUUUGUACCGUCGACUGCUGAGCCAACGUUGAAACUGUUCGCCAAGGCUUCACCAAAGUCGAAUCGAUCACUCGUCACGAAUGCACUGCAAUACAGCGUUUUUCCGGGAGCCGUAUGUGAUAAUGACCGGAAUAAGGUGCUCGGUGAGAUGGGCAAAUCCGAUUCCAAACACUUCCUCUUCCUAUUCCGCGAUCAGAAAUGCCAAUUUCGAGGGUUGUACUCUUGGGAUCAGGUGGCAAACACCGUUCACAAGAUUACCGGAACCGGGCCAAAGGUGUGCAACACCAGCAUGAUGAAGCUGAUGUUCAAAUACGAUUCCGGCGCCAAGAGCUUCUCCCAGGUUCCAACGCGAACCCUCGGAACAACAAUCGAUGGAUUUUCCAUCCAAGACCAAUUCUGGACAAAACCCAAGAUCCCCCAUUCCGGAAACGCCACCCACCGCGAUAAU